AUGCAAAUACUAACCUCAUUUGUUUACGGACUGGUGGUCAUGCCAACAUUUAUGUCAAUUAUUUGUUUGUUUAACCCUCCAUCUCAUUUAUUGCUUUAUAAGCUUUUAGCUCCGGAUAUGAGGUGCAUAGUAGUGUCGUGGGACAUUGAGGUAAUAACGGUGUUAGUGUUAGUUUAUCUGAACGGCCUGUCAUGGGGAGGGUCAGCACAAUUUACACCAAAUGCUGAGUAACCAUAGAGAGCUUAAAGAGUGUUAGUGCCGUGCGAUGGUUUACGGAUCUGUGCGCAUCAGUGGAACGCCUGCUCUCUGAUAACAAGGACAGAGUCGGGAGGUAUUGAUCUGGGGCGACAUUAGUCUAAUGGAGGUCUGGAUGGAAGCAGAGGUUACUGCACGUGGAUGAGUGGAACAGGUACAAGCUAUAUAUGUGCUCCACCGUUCCAGUCUCAGCAUACCGAGGAGCAAUUGUUCUUCACCCCAACGCUUUCUCUCAGUAGUGCGUCAUUGGACUCUAAAUAUGACAGAAAUCGGUAACAUCUCUCUGGAGUGGUACAGAAUAAUGGACACCAGACAUAUGUAUCUGUUCCUCAUCCCCACGGUUCUGCUAACCUCUGUCACAAUGCUGGUCAACCCCGUUCUGUCCAUCUGUAUACUGUGCUAUCCUUCGCUACGCCAAGAGACCCGCUACCUGCUCCUUGCUAACACGCUCUUCGCCGACAUGCUUUUCCUCACCAUAAACCUUGCGAUGGUCUCCUGCAACUCUGUAGGCCUGUACAUGCCCUACUCGCUGUGUGAGUUUAUGAUGGUGAGCAUGGUGAUGACGUACAGCUGCUCUGUGAUCACGGUCACACUGAUGGUUGUCGACACAUAUGUGGCUGUACGUUGGCCAUUACGUUACAAAGAGAUUCUCCCGCCAUCUCGGGCCAAGAAGAUAAUCAUGAGCGUAUGGGUGAUGGCCGCAGUGUGUCCGGUCUCCUUGCUGGUGAUGUUUGCGAUGGUGAUGGGUAGUGACCAACAGAGCCGUCCAGUGUGUUUGGUGCUGAUUGCGUUGCACUCGUUGGAGCAGAAACUCAGUGAUGGCGUUCAUUUGUAUUUCAUCAUAGCCAUCAGCCUCUGCACUGCUCUCAUUGUGUACUGUUACAUACAUCUCUACAUCAUCACCAAGACUUCUGGGAUAUGGCGUAGUCGCUAUUCCCGGGCGCGUAUGACGCUUUUGGCACACACUCUGUUGCUCAUGAUGUAUUUUGUACCGGCGUUGGUUUUUGCAGUCGAGCUGGCUCUUUUAAAUCGAGCAACCAAGGAUGAUGUGGUGGGAGUGUUGAUUGACUUGGUGAAUAUGUGCAUACUGAUGUUGUUGCCACGCUGUUGCACUCCUUACCUGUACAUAUUGCGCUAUCGCGAGAUUUACGAGACUGUCCAGCAGGUGUUGUGGAAGAAGAGACGACAGAGUCAGAGAAGUGCGGCCUAGAAGAGUGGACUUGAAGCUAGAGCAGAGCCACCCUGCAAAAUAACUGUAUCUGGUUCCUCUGUUUUUGGAGGAUUAAUUUGCAGAAGAGUGAAUUUAAAUUACUCCUGAGCCAGAAAGACAUCUCAAAAGAAACAUUUAAUAUUUAGUAUUAAUAUUAUAUUAAAGCAUUUUAACCUUUAAUAUGAAAUAUCACAUAUAUUUAAAUCUUUUUAUAUUUUCAUUUGUAAACUAAACAUUUAAUGCUAUGUCCUGUUAUUCAUCAUAACAAAACUAUAUCAAGUGCAACUGGGUGAAUCUCAGAAAGAAAUGUCCAGGUCAGAUUUUACACCAAAGA